UUUAUUUUUUUAAAAAAACACCAGCUUUCUGAGCUGCCGUUCACUUCAGCAUCGGUGAAUGCUACAUCUCGCAUAAGCUGGCACUGUCAGAAAAGAUGUUCUGCUUGAUGGAAAGCUCUGGAGGACUUCAAAGCUUGCACUUUGUUUCAUCUCUCCUUGGCUAAACAAAGAUCUGUCACUCCGGUCUGGAUGUUGGACUUUGACGUCAGUGGGGUGUUUUUAAGAUUUGAGAUAAGGAGUGGGACAGAAGGAACUUGCAACGGGGACUUGGCUUACAAUAGGAACCCCAAAACGAGUUACUGGCUGUUGAAAAGAGCCACAAGCAGUUGUCCUGUACGUUGUGAUCCUGUGAUCCCGUUUUCAAGUCAGCAAAGUUUCCCUAAUGCCGGGCAGCCCAGUCUGGGACCAGCAAGCAGGGACCUUGUCUGAAACAGGCUUUCUUGCUUGAGCAAGGGGUUGGACUAGAAGACUUCCAAGGUCCUUUCCUUGCUAUUCUGUUAUUUUGACCUCCUAGGGAGACAGCGGAAGGUGUGGUUGCAGCCAAAAUUAUUUUGCCUUCCCCUUGGGUUCCUCCGACCGACCAGACUCUCGUUUCAUUCUGCGUAAUUACAGGUUCUUAAAUGCUUCAACAAACCCAAAUCCCCCCCCCCUUUAACCCUAGAGACCAAGACAAGAAGCUUAGUUAUGGAGUUUCAAAAGCAAGGUCACUGCUCUGCUAUUUAUUGCAUUUUUCUUCGGGGAGAACAAACACCCAGCAACCGAGCCCGAGGCAUAAUUCAGGACUCAGAAAAACAGACCUCUGUGGAAAGCUCCCGGCAUUUUUCUCAAAAAGGUAACUUGAGAAGCUGAAGAAAAAAAUAAGUAUCCUUGGCUUUGCCUAGCAUAAAUUCUCUUAAGGAUGAUCAUUACCAGACCAGGCUGACCGAACCACCCACUAAGAACAGGGCAGCAAGUCCAGGCAGUAUUCUUAAGCAGGAAUAGAGAAUAGAGCUGGAAGGGACCUUGGAGGUCUUCUAGUCCAGCCCCCUGCUCAAGUAGGAGAACCUACACCAUCUCAGACAAGUGAUUGUCUAGCGCCUCUUCUUAAAAAUCUCCAGUGAUGGAGAUGCCUGGCUGAGGAAUUCUGGGAGUUGAAGUCCACAAGUCAUAAAGGGGCCAAGUUUGAAGACCCCCUGAUCUAGAGGGGUCAACUAGAUGGCCUUGAGAAUCGUCUAACCUCAAGCCCAAUGCUUCGUCUUCUCCUAUUUUGGUGACAGCCUGGUGAGUUUCGCACAGGCUACCAAAAAGGUCCUCUUCCCCAUCUUGAGUGUUGCUAAUUUCCUUUAUUUAUUUUUUUUUUAAAAAAGACACACAUCCGGAAUUGGGAGACACUUGGAGUGUCACCAUGGAAACAGUUACCCAUUAACAGUAAAGAGAGACUUGAUCAGCAAAAUAGAGGCUGGGCAGAGAGAGGGAUACCCAGGAAACUGGAAGGCAAGGUGGUUGCGCUUAACAAAACAUCGUCCGACCCACAAUCCUUUUGACGAACAUCACCUCCGCGGUUCGCCCUGCGGAUUUAAGCCGAUGCCCUUGCCCAGACAACUUUUCCUCCCAGUCGCAAAGUUCCCAAGAACGCUGGUUUUGUAACAAACGAACUGGGGCUGAACAGGAACUUUGCAAAGUUUUCUCCCGAGACUGUGCGCAAGAGUGAAACCGUGAUUGUGGCUUUACCCAGAUGUCUUCUCUGCAAACAUUUUUUUUGCUCUGUCAUUUGAUGACUUGUUUGCCGCUUAAUUAUACAGGGCAGUUGAGAAAUUAAGAAAAUUGCAAAGAGGUUCAUCGUGCGGGCGGGAAAAAAACGAACGAACAGGGUUUCCCGUGAGGCCCACCGGAGUGUGACCUUGUGGUCUCUCUCUCGCUCUCUUUUUUUUUUUUUUUUUGAUGCCUUUUGUGUAUAAUCAUAGUAGCACGAAUGCCCGGCCCAUGGGAAACAAGGCACGGCAGAAAAGUCCAUCCAAGAUUGCCCUGAUGAAGGACAAGAAACCCACCGCCGUGGAGCCCAACUCAGCCCAGUUCAUUAAGCAGCCUCGACAUAAGAAGAGAAAGCGUAGCAAGAAAAAGAGGAGUAGAAUCCAACGCACGCAUCUUACUGUGCACGGCAGGAGCUGUUCCAUUCAUAGUCUUGACUCCAAAGGGUUGGCACCAGAAAGCCAAGACAGCACCACCAAGUUGUGUUGCAGUAGCAAUGAGGACACUGGAAACGCAUCUUCGGAGACAGACAACUUGGGAGAGAUCCAGAAUGCCAAACUGGAGACUGAAAAGAAAAAAACACCCAGGAAAGGGAGAACGGAGCAAUCAGAAAAACCUAAAGAUGUUAGCAACAGCAGAGAAAACAAAAGAAAAAUAAAAUACCCCAACGUUGUGGAGAAGAGGAAAUAUCAGACCGUCUCUGAAUUCCAGUUUGUGUACCCAGGAAAACCGAAUUUCCACUCCCCCCCAGAAAAUACAAAGCAGAAUUUGCGCUCCAUCUACCAGGGAAAGGUCGAUCCGAAGCCGCAAAGGUCAACUCAGCUGUCGGUCUGGAUGCCUCGCUGUCAGUGGGACACACGCAAAUCCCAAAGGGGAAAUGCCACCGCAGAUGCCAACUGCCCGGUCGGCAGUGACUUCCUGAGAAGGAACCCCCCUCAAGCCCUCCGAAGCCUGACCUACAAGAUCAACAAGCUGAUCCUGGUGAACGACAACGACCACGCGCCGGCUAGAAACACCCCGUCCAUCCCGACCGUCAACUCUUACUUCCCUCACUUGCAGCAUCACCCCGUCUCUGAAAAAGCCGGGCCCUUAACCGAAGCUUUCCAGAGGUCAAAGCGCUGUUCGGCAAAGAGAGACGACCGGGUUGAGCAGCAGCCAGCCACGGAGGCUUGGAGCAAACUCAGAGGCUUCCCUGCUCCUUUGAGGAACUCUCCCAGGUUGAGGCCCGUGUCGGCAAAGGAGCACCACGAGAAACCAACGGAUCCAAUGUUGGCCAGGAAAAGAAUCCCAAAUGAGAAGCUUGUUGGGAAAGAAAGGGGAGACGCCAAGAGGCCAGGGGUGGAUACGGACCGUAUCCCUCAAAUUAAGAGCGCCAUCGUCAUCCCCACCGUCAGCCAGUAUCUUUCCGGCGAAAACCUAAACACGAAAGGCCUUCCCUUGGGGUGGAAAACCGCCACGCAGUUUCUGGCCGAGAAAAAAAUGCCCGAGGGGAUUCCGAUAGACGGUUCCCAGGGGGAAUUGGGAUCCAGUUCCUUUGCAGCAGCCUCGGGCACCAGCCCCAAAGACGAAACAUGCCCUACGGGCGCCGGCGAGCCGGAUCAAGCCGAGCAAGCGAGAGACGUCAAUGUUGGGGAUGCCGGAGACCUUGAACAGGGACUCAACGAAACGGAAUGAAAAAAAAAAAAAGAGGGGAAAAAAAGGAAAGUUUAUUCCACGGUGCUCUUUUCAAGGGGAAAGAACUGAUCUGAGUUUUUUUUUUCUUCCCGGGUAAAUGGAAUGCAUGCUGGGGGGAAAGGCUACCUUCCCAAGGGCAUCCAGCGGGCGAGCGGAAGGCUCCCGUUUGAAAAAAAUACCUUCCCUAUGGAGUUUUAAAACUGGAGUUUCCCCAGCUCUGGAAAUGUGCUUGAUUGGAGAAGAUUGUAGCAGAGGAUAUUGGGUUGCUAAAAAAAAGAGAGAAGAAAAUGGGGAAAAAAGAAGCUAUUGCUGAUAAUAGCUCCUUUUGCUGGAAAUGUAAGGCUCUGGGGGGAACUUUAGGCAUCUCCCUGCAAAUGUCUCAGUGUCUCUUCGGUCUUGGUUUGGAGACGUGGCUCAUUAAAGCUUUCAACAACCUGAAACCGACCUAGUUUCUACUUGAUUUUGCAAAGUUUGGAAGCCUUUCUUUGUCCUUAUUGCUAACAUCAUCCGGUAAAGACAGAAGCGUCUAAAGAAAACGAAUGUGGUUUCUCUCUGGCACUGCCAGCUUGGGGGUGCCCAGCAAGGCUUCCUAACUGAUCCCCAGUUUGGAGGGGUGUGUGUGUGUGUGUGUG